GCCACAGUCCCUACUAUGUCAGCUGCAUUUCCUGGUGCCUUGCUGUAUCUUCCCAUGGCCCAGUCCAUGGCUGUUGGACCCUUAGGUUCCACAAUCCCCAUGGCCUAUUAUCCAGUUGGUCCCAUCUAUCCACCUGGCUCAGCAGUGCUGGUGGAAGGAGUAUAUACUGCAGGUGCCAGAUUUGGAGCUGGAGGUACUGCUGGCAACAUUCCUCCUCCACCCCCUGGAUGUCCUCCCAAUGCUGCUCAGCUUGCAGUCAUGCAGGGAGCCAACGUCCUUGUAACUCAGCGGAAAGGAAACUUCUUCAUGGGUGGCUCAGAUGGUGGUUACACCAUCUGGUGAGGAACCAAGGCCACCUCUGUGCCGGGAAAGACAUCACAUACCUU